AUGUGCGCCGAGCCCGCGGCCUCCAACGACUUUGAGCUCUACCUGCACCGCGCCGUCAUGACAGACCUCGUCCCCGGGGCGCGCUACCGCUACCGUGUUGCAGACGCCGCUGACAGCUGGCCGUUCCGCGCGCAGCCCGUGGCGUCGCCGCACGAGGCAUUCAGCUUUGUGGCCUUCGGGGACAUGGGCGAGAGCGAGCACGCGGCGGCCAAGAGCCCAGGGGCUGAGUUCACACUUGAGACGAUGCAGCGGCGUGAAAUGCCAAAUCUAGACAUGGUGCUUCAUGUCGGGGAUAUCUCAUACGCCGACGGCAACCCCGAGAUCUGGGACGCCUUUAUGGACUCCAUUGAGCCCCUGUCAGCCAGGCUGCCCUACAUGGUGCAAGUCGGCAACCACGAGUACGGCUACGACAAAGGCUCGGAGAUUGACCCCUCUGGCGGCCGCCCCUACGCCCCCAGCUGGGGCAACUACGGCCCCGACAGCGGCGGCGAGUGCGGCGUCAUGCUCGCGCGCCGUUUCAUGAUGCCCGCGCGGUCGCACGCCGACAACCCACCUUUUUGGUACGGCUUUGACUAUGGCAGCGCACACUUUGUGGCCAUCUCCACCGAGCACGACCUGGAGCCGGGCAGCGUGCAGUACGCCUGGCUGGAGGCUGAGCUGGCGGCGGUGGACCGCUGCAGGACGCCCUGGCUGGUGCUGCUGCUGCACCGCCCGAUGUAUGUGGUGUACCCCCACAAGUCCAACAGGCAGGUGGGCGAGCACAUCCGCGACAGCCUGGAGCCCCUGCUGCGCCAGCACCUGGUGGACCUCACCCUGGCCGGCCACGUGCACAGCUACUUCAGGACGUGCCCUGUGUACAACGAGCGCUGCACCGACGGCGGCGGCGGCGCGCACGGGAUCGUGCACGUGGUGGUGGGAUCUGCCGGCCGGAAGCUCUCCGCAGUGGAGGACGGCCAGGAGGAGUGGAUCGCGGCGGCGGAGCGCGUGUGGGGCUAUACGCGGUUCAAUGUGGACAGCGCGGAGCGCAUGGCGGUCGAGUUUGUGGAGAGCGAGACGGGGCGCGUGCUGGACGCGUUUGAUGUGGAGGCCAGCGAGGAGCGGCUCCGGCGCGCGUGCCCGGCCGCGCAGCUGGCUGGCAGCGGCGGCCAGGGCAGUGCGGCUGUGGCCACGAGCUGA